AAGCGGAGACUAAGUGCGCAUGCGGAAGCCGGCAUUGAUUCUUCGGCGCCUGAACUGAGACGCGCUCUUCCUUCAAUCUCUCCCCGGAGUCUCUGGGAUGAGCCGUUGGCGGGUGGGGGAAGCGAGGCCGGAGCUCAGCCAGUCUUAGUGGUUGGGGGAGGCAGAGAUGAGAAGUGAGGGCUGAAUGCAAAGCGCGCCGAGGAGAGCAAGCCAAGCAUCCCCAGAGCGAAGGCCGGGCGGGAAGCGCUUGGCCAGUAUGUGAGGCUGGAAGUGGCUGCGGGCACACCUGCGUGGGGAGGCGGGCGGGAAAGGGGGCGGCGCGUGUAGCGGUUCUGAUUGCGGUAGACAAGGGAGGAUCCUAGUAGUCGUAGCGGGUCCGCCGGCAGGUAGGCUUGGGCGGGGCGAAAGCCUCAGGUCGGGGAAGGGAGAAUGGGCGGCGAGGAAACGGAGAUGGCUGGACCCGGGGAAAGCAGCGAGGCCAACGGCGAGGUUGGGGAGGAAUCCACGGCGCCUGCCUUCCAGCCCAAUGGAUACCUGGCCGGCAAAGAGCCGGACAACCGCGGCAGCUGCAUGCCUUUGGUGACCGAGAACGAUAGGGAGGUUGGAAGAAGCGCCGCUUCCUUUGCUGAUCUCGAGAAGUACCCAGAAGCGGAGGCGAUGCUGUCUGACUGUACCAUAGGGGUGAAGCUGACCCCUCGGCUUUCCAAACGGAGGCUGGUGGUGCUGGCCGUGUUCAGCUGCUAUUCGCUAGUAAAUGCCUUCCAGUGGAUCCAGUACAGUAUAUUGACCAGUGUCUUCACUCGCUACUAUAAUGUUUCUUCUUCUGAAAUUGACUGGCUCUCCAUAUCAUAUAUGGUGGCAUACGUGCCUCUCAUAUUUCCGGCCACUUGGUUGCUGGACACGCAUGGCCUCCGUCUCACUGCCUUGCUGGGAUCUGGGCUAAAUUGCUUGGGGGCCUGGAUUAAGUGUGCCAGCGUCCAGCCAGAUUUCUAUCUGAUCACUCUGCUGGCUCAGAUUGUGUGUUCCGUAGCCCAGGUCUUCAUUUUGGGCUUGCCCUCCCGCAUUGCUUCUGUUUGGUUUGGACCCAAGGAAGUAUCCACUGCUUGUGCUGUAGCUGUUCUGGGCAAUCAGCUAGGCACAGCAAUUGGCUUUUUACUGCCUCCAGUUUUAGUUCCAAACACAUAUGAUGACCUGGAUCUUAUGGGACAUAAUAUCAGCAUAAUGUUCUAUGGCACAGCAGGAAUAUCUACUUUCCUCUUUUUAAUAACAGCGGUUGUGUUUAAGGAAAAACCCAAAUAUCCUCCAAGUCAGUCUCAGGCUGUUCUCCUGGAUCCAUCUCCAAACGAUCACUCCUAUAAACAAUCAAUAUUCAAUUUGUUCAGGAAUGUUCCUUUUAUUCUUUUGCUGAUAAGCUAUGGAAUUAUGACUGGAGCCUUUUACUCAGUGUCAACUCUACUAAACCAAAUGAUAUUAGCUCACUAUGAGGGAGAAGAGAUAAAUGCAGGUAGGAUUGGCCUCACACUUGUGGUAGCUGGAAUGGUUGGCUCUAUUAUUUGUGGCUUAUGGCUGGAUCAUACCAAGACAUACAAACAGACCACAUUAGUUGUAUACAUUCUCUCUUUUGUUGGGAUGGUCGUAUUUACAUUCACCUUGAAUUGUAGAAACCUUCUAGUUGUAUUUGUGACUGGUGGAGUACUUGGUUUCUUUAUGACAGGUUAUCUGCCCCUUGGUUUUGAAUUUGCUGUGGAAAUUACAUACCCAGAGUCAGAAGGCACUUCAUCAGGGCUUUUGAAUGCUUCAGCACAGAUAUUUGGGAUCGUCUUUACAUUGAUCCAAGGGAAGCUUACAACAGUUUACAAUCCUCGUGCUGGAAAUAUUUUUCUCUUUGUGUGGAUGUUUAUAGGUAUCAUUUUAACAGCUUUAAUUAAAUCUGAUUUGCGAAGGCACAAUAUAAAUUCAGGCAUUGUAACUGUGGACAUUAAAUCUAUACCCACUGACAGUCCUAUUGGAGAUGAACAAAACAAAACAUCAAAAAACCAGUCAGAAUCAAAAAUGAAAAAUGAAAAAACACUAGACACACAAUUGGCAGCUCUGAUUCUAUUAAAAGAAUCUUAAUAGAGAAUCACAAGAACUAUAAGCCUAAAAAUUGUGCUGAAUGGCAGCAGUUAGCAGUGAUUGUAUACUAGAUAAAGGAAAGAUUUGUAUACACUUAAUGAACACAUUUUAACUUUAAAAUGGUAAUUUUCAACAAUUGUUUUAAGUUUCAGCCAUAAAAUUCCCAGGAAAUCUUCCAUUUCUUAUUUGGAAAUUGUGCACUUUCAUAAAAUAUAUUAUGCUAUAAAUGAUAAAUUAGAAUCUCUUUUAUCAAAAUCUGUGCCACUAGCUACCCUAUUUUCCCCAAAAUAAGACAUCCCCUGAUAAUAAGCCCAAUCGGGCUUUUGAGUGCAUGGCAAUAAGACCAAGCACUUAUUUCAGGAUUCAAAAAAAUAUAAGACAGGGUCUUAUUUUCGGGGAAACAUGGUAAUCCACAUUUGGAAUUCUCAUAUAGAAUGUGUGCAGUGAGCAGUUUGAAAUCAAUGAAAUAUGUGUUUUAACUUGUUUUUAUUUGAAAUACUCAAAACUGCCCUUCCUAUAGGAGGGCAUUGUCUUUAGCACAAUAGACAGUAUAAGAAAUUCAUUUUUUUUGGAUGUGAUAUACUGUAAAUCCUGGAUUUUGCCAUUUUUUUGGCUUUGAAAGAAUUGUGGCUUACGAAAUCUCUUUGUUUUGAAACACAAAUGAGUGAAUGGUAAAGCCCCAAUUUCCAAGAAGUAUUUUAUAUUCUAAGUUAUUGAAGGUGAAGGCCUUCUGAAUUUUUGAUCACAGAACUAGAUAUUCAUGAUUCCUGGAUUUUUUUUUACAUUCUGAAAAUGAACAUACAUCUUUUUGUAUUAUGUGAAUCACAAAGUAUUGCCAGAUCAUACAAAGGCAUAUGCAUGUCAUUGUGUUCUUUGCAUCAAUUUUGUGAAUUUGUGAAAAGUAAAUGAAGAUAAUUUCUGGCAAAUAAAAUAUAAUAAAAUAAG